AUGGACAUUACGUCGCUCUUCGUUCGAAAGUCCGUGUUUCAUGCAUUCUGGAGAAUUGAAGAAAAGCCUAACGUACCAACCCCUGAACCAGAAGACGAACCAAUGCUUCCGCCUCAAACUGAAUCUUUGUCCUCGGAAAAUGAGUUAAUGUAUUCACAGGGUAUGCCCGUCCAUGCCGAAGCUCAGGAUCAGCCAAUAUUAGACUGGAAUAACUCAUAUGAACAUAAUCGGAUGAGACGACGUGUCGAGAUACGGCACAGGAAGAAGAAGAAGCAGAAACGGGCAGUGCGUCAAGCAUCGAUGCGUCGUAUAUCGCAGACCGGAAAGCGGAAGAAUCGUAGGCUAAUCCAAAACUUAUUAGAGCGGCUGCAAACGGCGAAGCAACCGAUGAUAUCGCCGGCGACGCAGCCCGUGGCGAGGCAACUAGCGGUGCAGCAACAACCAACCAUUCAGCAACAGUUGAUUCCUUAUGAGAAUACAACCUCGGAAAUUUCCAUGGCAGAAGACUGGGGUGCUGUAAUCUCAACUCCCACAUUGGACCUCAUCCGUCCGCUGGCCCAAACUUCAGAAAUGACGGUUUUAGAAUUUAUUGAAGAUGAUUUGAAUGGGGGUAGUUGGAAAGAACAUAAAUGCCAUCGAGAGUCGAUUUCAGAAUUCAUCCAACAUCUGAAGGGCCAUUUCAAGCGGGAUGUGGAGUUCUACCAUCAGCAUGAGCCCCGAACAAUCGCUGAGCACGAACUGCCCCGACACGAUGCGAUAUGUAUCGCUCCGAAGAACGUCAUGUUUGAAGAGAGACAUUUCCCAGCGGAAGAACAGUUGUGA